ACCGUGGCGGUGGCGGACAUCUUUGGUCGGAUCCAGUCGGCGGCGGCGGCGGCGAGAUGUCGAUGUCGGGGGCGGAAUUCAGCGGCGUGGGCGAGGACCCCAGGAUCUUCCGCAACGUCUGCCGCGACCGGAUACUCAAGGACAUGCUGAAGCCGGACAAAGACAAGGAGAACAAGAGCGCAUGGAAGGUUCUUAUCAUGGAUAAAUUUACCGUAAAGAUCAUUGGUUAUGCUUGCAAGAUGGCGGAAAUUACGGAUGCAGGGAUUUCGUUGGUAGAAGAUCUAUUCAAGCGAAGGGAGCCCAUGCCUUCAAUGGAUGCCAUCUACUUUCUACAGCCACUGAAAGAAAAUGUCAUAAUGCUUCUAUCCGACAUGUCUGGGAGAUGUCCGCUGUAUAGGAAGGCAUACAUCUUCUUCAGUUCACCAAUUCCCAAGGACCUGGUGACUUACAUUAAGAACGACAUGAGUGUGAUACCACGCAUUGGUGCACUAAGAGAGAUGAAUUUGGAGUUUUUUGCUAUCGACAUGCAGGGGUUUGUAACUGACCAUGAUAUGGCGCUGACUGAACUAUAUAGUGCAAAUGGGCAUAAUUCGAAAAACUUCAACGACACCAUAAGCACUAUGGCUGUUCGCAUAGCUACCACAUUUGCAUCAUUGAAGGAAUUUCCAUGUGUGCGGUAUCGUGCACCAAAGAGUGCAGACCCAUCAACAGCACCAAAAUUUGACAUGGUUCCAAAAUGGCUAGCUAAUGCUGUUUGGGAAAUUGUUUCCAAAUAUAAGUCAACAAUUCCUGAAUUUCCCCAGAAGGAGACAUGUGAACUGCUCAUUCUGGACAGGCCUAUAGAUCAGAUAGCACCUGUUAUUCACGAAUGGAUCUAUGAUGCAAUGUGCCAUGAUCUACUCGAGAUGGAUGGCAACAAAUACAUAUAUGAGGUGUCAAAAGGGGGAUCAGAUCCUGAAAAGAAGGAGGCUUUGUUGGAGGAUCAAGAUCCUCUCUGGAUAGAGCUUCGCCAUACUCACAUUGCUGAUGCCAGUGAGAGGUUGUAUGAGAAGAUGAAUACCUUUGUCUCAAAGAAUAAAGCAGCACAACUUUCAAGAGAUGGUGGUGAAGUCUCAACCACGGAUCUGCAGAAGAUUGUUCAAGCUUUGCCACAAUACAGUGAGCAAGUUGAGAAAUUGACCCUCCAUAUAGAGAUUGCUGGAAAAAUUAACAAGUUCAUCAGGGAGUACGGGCUCCGCGACAUUGGGCAGGUGGAGCAGGAUCUAGUUUUUGGAGAUGCAGGAGCCAAGGAGGUGAUCAAUCUCCUCAGGUCAAAGCAGAAUAUGAGUCAAGAAAACAAAUUGAGAUUGCUGAUUAUAUAUGCAAUUGUAUGUCCUGACAAGUUUGAAGGUGACAAAGGGGACAAGUUGAUGCAGCUAGCAAAACUGCCAUCCGAUGAUAUGAAGGUAAUAAAAAGCUUACAAUACUUGGUUGGUUCAGAUGCAAAAAAGUCCGGACGGGCUGGCGGUUUCUCUCUCAAAUUUGACGCACAAAAGAAGAAAAACACUGGCGUUAGGACAGAACGACAGGAUGGUGAGGAAGGCUGGGCAUUAUCACGUUUUUUCCCACUUAUAGAGGAGCUGAUCGAGAAGCUGAGCAAAGGUGAAUUACCGUUAAACGAAUACCCAUCUUUAAGUGAACCAAGUUCUACUGCUCAAAGUGCGUCGGCGGGAAAACCAGCACAAAAUCCACAACCCAUGUCUAGGAGAUCACGGCGGACACCGCAAUAUGCUAAGUCUCGUAACUCUGACGAUGGUCAAUCAAGUGACUCUGCGGUCUUGAGACACGCAUCAGGUGACUUCAAGAGGCUAGGCAACCGGAUUUUUGUCUUCAUGGUUGGCGGAGCAACUCGGUCAGAACUACGGACAGCGCACACGCUAACUAUGAAGUUGAAGAGAGAAAUCGUCCUGGGGUCUUCUAGCAUUGAUGACCCUCCACAGUUUAUCUCGAAGCUGAAGUCGCUUGGACCAUCUUAGGAAUGAUGUUGCCGGUUCUCGCAGCUGAUUGAUUGUGGAGUGCACAUAAUAGAAGCUUAAUUACGCAUUUUUUCUGUUUUUUGUUCCCCAUUCUAUCAACAAUGUGAGCCACGCUGUAUGUUGUAAAAUGAGAGGCAUGUAUACC